AUGGUAACAUUGCUCAUUGUUAGUAAUGUUAUUCCGGAUAUUGUUUUUGUUAAAGGAAUACAAGCAGAAAAGCAAGAAGAACGGAAAGUGCAACUCAAUAGCAUGCAGACACCCGUCUAUAAAAGCAAUCGUGUAAUUGAAGCCCUAAAGGUAGAAGCCCUACAGAAAAGAGACACUCUCAACAUUGUUCCACAAUCAUACGUAGAGCAGACAAAUCAUGUAGAUAAAUCACAAAGCAGUCAUAGGCUGCGACGAGACUUGCCGAAAUUUGAUAAUUUUCAGAAUGGCCUUGACAAAAAAUUUAGUCCCUUUGAUGCUCCCUCGAACAGGACUGGACCAGUAAAUUAUUAUGCUUCCCGAGUCUACAAAAGAAACAUCUCUUAUCCCGAAAGUGACGGAGAAAACAUUGUAUAUGGAUCUCAAGACGUGCAAAUUGGCAAUACUUAUUCUGACAAACUCAAUGGAACGAAUGUGUAUGAACCUAUUGUCGUACAGGAGAAUAAUGACUAUCGCGGGAAGAAUAAAAAUGCUCAAUACGGAGCUAGUGUUACGCGAAUUGGUAACAGAUAUUCUAAGAAUCCUGGGAAAAAUGACAUCUAUACUGAUGUAGUCGUUCAGAAUGGUAAUACCUACCCAGGAAAUCCUGAAAAUAAAACCUUGCUUGCAAUUAUUGUUAAUCAAUCUAACAAUACUUAUCCGAAAUCGAUAGAAAAUAAUAAAGACGCAUUGAAACCAUUCAUUUAUCAAAGCGGAAACUUUUAUCCCUCCAGCAAUGACUCAGAAGCUGGAAUGAACACAAAAAGUAACACAGCAAGCCAAGGAUGCUCUGCAGAGCAGAAUACAUCCGACAGUCAAGGAAAUUCGUCAUCUACCAAUCAUAAUUCUGAUUCAAGCUCACAUAUAGAAAAUACAACACUACAUAAUGAGGACAAAAAAGCAUAUGCAGAUAAGCACACCCAACCUAACAGACAAAUGAGUUUGUCAUCUAAUGUACUUUACUCACUUUUAUAAUCUUUGAUUAUAUUUCUCAAAUAUUCUCUAUUCUAGUAUUAAACACUAAGAAUUAUUUAUGUUUAUCAAUAAAAGCAGCUGUUCAAUCGAGGAUUAAGAAGAUGCAAG